AUGGCCGACAACAUGGAAAUUGCCCAAGUGAACCUGCAUCACGCGGCGGCAGCCUCAGCUGUCAUAUCAAGCAGGUUCACUGCGGAGAAACUGGGCACACUGCUGAUCCAAGAGCCUUGGGUCUAUAGAGGAGAGGUACAGGGCCUCAAGACGGAGGUAAAUAAGAUAAUCUGGCACCUCUCUAGCGAGAGGCCUAGGACGUGUAUAGUUGUCAGAAGCAAUAUUGAUUUCUUCUGCAUUUCAGAGUUUCUGACGCAGGAUUUGGUGGCGGUGCAGGCUAGGGAUACCGAGGGCAAAGACUUCGUCCUGGCCUCAGCAUACUUUCCGGGAGAGACAGCAACGGCACCCCCGGAAGCGGUGGAAAGGCUGGUAGAGCACUGCAGACUGCACAAGCUCCCCCUUAUCAUCGGUUGCGAUGCGAACGCUCACCAUACGGAAUGGGGCAGCAGCGACUGCAACGUGAGAGUUUCAAUACUACCCAAAAUUUCGUCAACCGGCAAACCCAGCUACGUUGGAGCAUUGUAAAAAGCGAAAAACAAAUGGUUCUUGCCUUAUAAUUGUUUUUGUAAAUUCAUAAGCGGUGCGUUGAAUUUGAUGCUUGGCUGAAACGGUCGCGGUUUCGCUUUCGAUUCGAUCAGAAUACAUUCAGGAAUAAAGGGAUGUCCAACUUAUUCCAGUGUGAGAGCGCCUCAAAAGUAGCGUUUUUUAUAACGUUUUCCGUUAUGGCCAGAUCGGGAAAAGUAAAAAUCUUUGGGCAUUUAAAUUAAAAUACC